AGCUGCUCAUUCAAGCGAGCAGCGCCCGAAGCUCAAAUGAGCCUCGUUUAGUGCGAUCACCUCAGUUCAGCCCGAGACUCCCGCAGACGCGCGUCUCUCCCCGGACUCUCCGCGCGUUUCAACGGUCGUACGCUGCGUGUGGAUUUACAAAGCCCUUUCUCAACAGGAUUAUUAACUCAGUCAUUCACAACCUGUCAGGCGGACUUGUUCUCUUUGAGGAAUACAGUGGUCGCUUUCCAGCUUGAGGGAUGGAAUUAAUGAGAUCGAAGAAAAGUUGGGAUUUGUAGGUAAAAUGGAGAGAUAAAGCUCGUCUACAGAGCUCACCAAGGUGGAAGCAGCGGUAAUUCACAACGAGAGGAAAUGCACAGAGCUUGGGUUCUCCUCGUUGUAAUAGAAGAGGGAUUUGCCCUGGCGCAGAAAAUUAAAGAGACGCAGAAUGCGGGUGAAUCUCUGUCUAACGCCGAGCAAUGCGGCCAGUGGACUCGAAAUAUCAACGGAGGCCUGUUUACAUCUCCAAACUAUCCUAACUCCUAUCCGCCCAACAAGGAGUGUGUAUACAUCCUAGAAGCUCUCCCUCGGCAGAGAAUUCAGCUGGCCUUUGACAAAACAUACUAUAUUGAGCCUUCCUUCGAGUGCCGCUUCGACCAUAUUGAGAUAAGGGAUGGUCCCUUUGGUUUCUCCCCUCUUAUUGAUCGCUUCUGUGGGCCAAAGAGUCCAGGCGUGGUCACGUCUACGGGCCGCUUCAUGUGGAUUAAAUUCACCAGCGACGAGGAGCUUGAAGGCUUAGGUUUCCGCGUCAAAUACACUUUUAUAGCAGACCCAGAUUUUCAUUUGCACGUCGGUGGAUUGCUAAAUCCAAUUCCAGAUUGCCAGUUUGAGAUCAGUGGCACAGAUGGAGUCAUCCGCUCCAGUCAGGUGGAAGAAGAGGAUAAGAUCAAAAAUGGGGAUGCGUUGGACUGCAUCUGGACCAUCCGUGCCCCUCCGCAGUCCAAGAUAUACCUUCGCUUCCUCGAGUACCAGAUGGAGCACUCGAACGAGUGCAAGAAGAACUUCGUGGCCGUGUAUGACGGCAGCAGCGCCAUCGAGAACCUGAAAGCCAAGUUCUGCAGCACGGUGGCCAAUGACGUGAUGCUGGAUACUGGAGUGGGUGUCGUGCGCAUGUGGGCCGACGAGAGCAGCAGACUCAGCCGUUUCCGCAUGCUCUUCACCUCGUUUGUAGAUCCUCCAUGCUCCAGCAGCACCUUUUUCUGUCACAGCAACAUGUGCAUCAACAACUCACUGGUGUGCAACGGCGUUCAGAACUGCGUUUACCCCUGGGAUGAGAACCACUGUAAGGAGACAAAGUCCAAAGGACUCUUUCACCAAAUCACAAAAACGCACGGCACUGUAAUCGGCAUCUCUGCCGGCGUGGUCCUGGUCUUGCUCAUCAUCUCCAUCCUGGUGCAAAUGAAGCAACCGCGUAAGAAAGUCUUGAGCCGCAGGGGUUUGUUCAGCGCCGCAGAGAUGCAGGAGGUGCUGGAGCCUCCUCAGUACGAGCUCUUCUCCAUGCGGGAAGCCGAGCUGCCGGAGGAUCUGUCGGAGGAGCUGGAGAACCUGCAGAAGCUGCGCCGCUCCUCCAGCGUCUCCCGCUGCGUCCACGAGCAUCACUGCGGCGCCCCGAGCGGCUCCGCCUCCGCCGCCAUGGCGACCAGAGCGCAUCAUCUCUCGCACGGCUCCGACGAGAUGAGCACGGUGGUCGGAGCCAGAGGCUGGGGCAGCUUCCACGGACGCAGGAGCAGCUCGCGCUCGCACCCUUUCACGCACGACCCACGAGCCCACGCCUACAGCGCUCAGAGUCUGAGAGAGGCCCUGGAAGACGAGGAGCUGGGGCUGGAGGAGCGCGUGAUGGAGGAGAUCGGCUACAACGAUUUUAUCACCCGCGGACGCAACGUGGUGAUGGUACGUAAUCACGCCAACCCUGUCCAGCAGCGCUCUCUCUCUAUGGACUUCUGAGUGGAGCAGAAGUCACCUGACACUUUAUUCGUCAUGUAAAAACGCGUAGCUGUAAAUGUUUGCCCACACCUUCUUUUAUUAUUUUACUAUUUUGUUUCAACGUUUCUCUUGUCGUUCUCUGUACUGAUUUCAAGCCAAGUCCAGUAUUUUUUUUUUUUUAUUGGUGUAAGUCUCAUUCCUCAAAACCAGAUUAUUUAGGCCAUGGCUUAAAUUAAGUUUUUAUCACACCUGCUGUGGUGGGUGAAUAUCUCCAUACUGGCCAUGAUAUGGUAUUUUGUAUUACUUAUUAGUCUUUAGUCUACAUUUUUUGCAUAUGUUUAUGACCUUCAGCUCAUGUCUUUGUGUCACCAUGAGCCUAGAAGAUUUUGUUACUAAUAAAUUUAGUUGAUUGCAAAGAAGCGUCCACUUUUACUACCAUGUAAAGGUUUAAGGUACAAUAAAAAUUCUGAAAUAUCACUGCAAUUAAA